AAUUAAACGAAAUAAAGGGGAAAUAUAACAUGGAAAGUUUAAAAGGGAAGAGAACACAGACAUUCAAAAUGAAAAUUAAGGAAAAGGAGACGAAAUAUAGAAAACGCUAACUUGUUUCCUGAAGGAAUUUCUCUCUCUUCCCUCAUUUUUUCUGUUCCCAAAAUUCGAUAGAUUGCUCGAUUCUACUCCGAUCGUUGAUUUUCAUCUCAUUUUGGUAUUGAUAAUCGCCGAAUGGGUCAAGCGUUUCGCAAACUCUUCGAUACUUUCUUCGGCAACUCUGAGAUGCGGGUUGUAAUGCUUGGUCUGGAUGCUGCUGGCAAGACAACAAUACUGUAUAAGCUUCACAUUGGGGAGAUAUAUGUUGUGGACUCUCUGGAUCGAGAGAGAAUUGGGAGAGCAAAGGCAGAAUUUCAGGCCAUCAUCAAAGACCCAUUCAUGCUUAAUGCUGUUAUUUUGGUCUUUGCGAACAAGCAAGACAUGAAAGGAGCAAUGACACCUAUGGAAGUUUGUGAAGGCCUAGGUCUCUAUGAUCUUAAAAAUCGAAAGUGGCACAUACAAGGGACUUGUGCUAUCAAAGGUGAUGGCUUGUACGAGGGGCUCGACUGGUUGUCGAGCACUUUGAAGGAACACAGAGCUGCUGGAUUUUCUUCAGUGGGUCCGUCAUUCUAUCAAGUUUGUGUUUGA